AUGUCAUGUUCAAAAAUAUUUUCAGGGGAUCUACCUGAAUUAACAUAUGAAAUUAUAAAAUUUUUUCAGAAUGAUCAUUCAACUUUAUAUUCAUGCAUUUUAGUUAACAGAUUAUGGUGUCGUUUAACAAUUCCAUUAUUAUGGGAAAAUCCAUUUUCAAUUUGUACCGGAAACAAUGAUUUUAUUGAAAUUUAUUUACAUAAUAAUUUAAAUAAUGAUUUUAUAACAAUAUUAAAUGAAUAUAAAAUUUUUAAUAAUUCAUUAUCUACGAAUACACUGUUCAAUUACCCUAGUUUUUUAAAAUAUUUGAAUACACAUAAGUUUAUAUAUUAUGUUGAUAAGUGGGUUGAUUAUGUUAUGAGGAAUUCAAAAUUCAAAACUAAUUACCUUUUUAAACAUUUUGAUUCGGUAUCUAAGUUAAUAUUUAAAAUUUUUAUUGAAAAUGAAAUAAAAUUACAUACUCUCGAAAUUGAUAAUUCAGGUACUUAUUAUAGCGCAUAUUUUAAAGAAAUUCUUGAAUUAAUUUUACAAAAUCAAAAUUUUAUUCACAAUAUUGGAAAUUUGAAGCUUUAUAUCUACAAUUAUGAUGAAAAUAUGGAUCGUGUAUUACAAAUAACUCAUUUACAUCAAAAUCUUAAGAAAAUUAUAAUAUGUAAGAAUUGUACAUCUUUAUAUCAAUCAUUAUUAUUAUCAAAAGAUUAUAAUUGUUCAAAUACCUUGAAUACAAUUACUUUCUAUUGUCAUAUUAUUUAUUGUUAUUUCUUGAAUAAUAGUUUUACUAUACCAUUUAAAUUAAAAUCUUUAAUUUUUAAUGAUAAGGUACCACAAAUUGAAACAUUACAACAAUUAUUACAAUUAUCUGGUGAUUAUUUGGAAAAUUUCAGCAGUUCUAUAUCAAUAAAACAAGUAUUGUUAGAAUUAAUUAUAAAGUAUUGUAAGAAUAUCAAAUUUCUUAAUUUACAUGAAUUUGAAAACCAUAUUACUUAUAAAAUAUUUGAUUUAAUUGACAAUAUUAAACAAAAUCUUAAUUAUCUUUCAAUCAAUAUACAGGAAGAUUAUCAUUUAACAAAUGGUAGUUCAAUCAUAUUAAAUAAUCUAGGACAAGCUCUCCCUUCUAAAUUAGAAUACCUAAAUUUGGAACUUAAUGUUAAAGGAAGUGAUUUUAGGACAUUCUUAAAAAAUUCUCAAGAUGUUUUUAUUAAUAAAUUAUUAAUAAGACUACGAGGAGAUAGUGAUGAUAUUUCACAUUAUAUGAAGGAAUAUAUUAUGAAGGGAAAAAGAGUUAAAUAUUUGGCUAUUAAGGGUAUUAAAAAUGGUAAUCAAUUGUCUGAGGAAUUCAAGUUAUAUAAUAUUGAAGUUCGAAGUUAUGAUGAUUUAUUUAUUUCCAUUACUAACUUUAUUAAGAAUAAUUAUUAG